UGAAUUCUGAAGAUGAAAACAUACCGAGUGCAUUUCAGAGGAAGGUAAAGAGGAAUGAUUAAGAUCUUUUCUCGUUAAGAUAUUUGCAACUUCUGAGUGAGACAUAUUUUCAUAUAGUUUGACUAAAUAAAGAUAUAUGCUUAUCUGUUUACAUUUUUUAAAUAACUUUUUUUAAUGAAUCCUGGAUUAAAUAUGACAUAUCUAAUUCUUGGUGGACAUGUGGAAGUGCAGAAAUACAGAUAUCUUUAUUUUUUUAUUCUGUUCACGGCAUAUAUUCUAAUAAUUUGCUGUAAUACCUCUAUCAUAUACCUCACUGUUAUUCACAAAAGCUUGCAUGAGCCCAUGUACAUUUUCAUUGCAGCUUUGUUAUUAAAUUCCCUUUUUUUCAGCACUAAUAUUUAUCCAAGGCUUUUGCUUGAUUUCGUAUCUGAAAAACAGAUCAUAUCUUAUCCAGUCUGUCUCUUUCAAGUUUUUAUGUUUUACUCUUUAAGCUGCUCAGAGUUCUUAUUGUUGUCAGCCAUGGCCUAUGACAGAUAUGUGUCUAUAUGCAAACCUCUGCAAUAUCCAACAAUAAUGAGAAAAAUAACUGUCGUUUUUCUACUGGUAUUAGCUUGGCUUUUGCCUGCUUGUCAAGUUGCAGUUCCGAUCAUACUAAAUAUUAAUAACAAACUCUGUAACUUUACCUUGAAAGGCAUUUUUUGUAAUAAUUCACUCAUCCAGCUUUACUGUGUGAUGUCAAGAGCUCUCUCUGUAUAUGGUGCAUUUGUUUUAUUGAAUACCGGACUUUUUCCGAUGCUGUUCAUAAUUUUUACAUACACUAAGAUAAUUCUAACUGUUUAUCGGAGCUCUGGAGAAGUCAAGAAAAAAGCUGCACAGACCUGUUUACCACACCUGCUUGUUUUAAUCAACUAUUCCUGUUUGAUAACUUAUGAUAUGAUUAUAGCUAGGAUGGAAUCAGAUUUUUCAAAAACUGCACGUUUUGUAAUGACAGUCCAAAUAAUAACAUAUAAUCCUCUCUUCAAUCCAAUUAUUUAUGGACUAAAGUUGAAAGAAAUUUCUAAACAUCUCCAGAGGUUGUUGUGUCAAAGCAAACUCACCUAG